UGACAGUUCCCGCCGGUGACCGCCAGACGGCGCUCGCUCCUCAGGUUUCUCCACUCUGAUUUGACUCCGGAAUCUCCUCGGGAGUUCUCAGCCGUGUAUUCUUGGGACUCGUGUGGUAAAUUAAAACUUUUCUUAAAGGAAACGGGAAGUGAACAUUUCAAAACUCUGAAAUGACUUGAAGCUGCUUGGGUCAGCGUUUCUAGUCGGCGGUAUCGACACCCCGCUGCAGGAUUGACAGGGAGAGAGGAGUUACUCGACAGUCUUCAGUCGAGUCGAGUCCCUACCUGCAGUGAGAGGCACACGGAGAAUGCGCGAGUGUUUGUGAGACUCGAGUGGUUUGUUUGUUUCUUUUUGUUUAUGAUAUACAGCAAUGCAGGGGGAGUAAACGGCUCAGUUAAAAUGAGAACAUGAAGGAGAACGGUCCGCUUUGGCUCAUCUUGUGGGUGACACUUGUCUGCACUCAUAUCAGCCAUGUAAUUAGCAGUGAUAUGCCUGUGUGGGUCCCAUUUUACAACUGGCACGGAGACCCCAUCAGCCAGAGACAGCAAAACUCACUCCUCAACACCCAAGACGCUGACAAAGACUUUUAGUCCCCGUCACGAACUCCCCGCUUACAACUGCUGCGUUGGCAUGAACCCCGAACAGAUACAAACUGCAGGUCUGCGCUUCACGCAGGGUCCCGUGAACCUGACGGUAACCCACGGCAACCCGGCCAGGUUAGAGUGCUCCGUGGAGGGCGGCAGCGAGCUGGAAAUCAGCUGGCAGAAGAAUGGGAAGAAACUGUCCAGCAUCGACCAGACUGACCUAUCAGUGGAUCAGAACCACUGGAAAUCAUUAUACCACAUGAAGUCUGUCCAGCAGGCGGACGCUGGGAUGUACGUCUGUGUGUCCGAGGCUGCUGGAGUCACUGUGUCCUCCGAGCCAGCCUGGAUCACUGUGGAAGGUGUACCCCACUUUGUGACAGAACCCCAGGAUGUCGCAGUGUUGCCCGGUGUGACCUUUAACCUCAGCUGUAGGGCUGUGGGGCCCCCUGAUCCAGUGCAGCUGGUUUGGUGGCAGAAGGGGGUGCAGCUGGGGGGUCCGCACCCCUCCCCCUACACCCUGACUGUCCCAGGCUUGACGCAGAGCACUGAGUUCUACUGCGAAGCCAAGAAUCAGAAGGGGGUGUCGACGUCUCGCACCGCCACUGUCCACAUCAAGGCGCUGCCAGGCCCCCCCCAGGAGCUGCAGGUGACCCGGGUUCAAGAGGACAACGUCACCCUGUCCUGGAGACCCGGCCUUGACGGACACUCCCCGCUGAGAGACUGCACCAUCCAGUUUGCAGAGAAUUCUGGGAAGAGGGAGGAGCUGUUUGAGCGGCAGGUGUCGGUCCCGCCCCACGAGCAGACGAUUGGAGGGCUGAGGUGCUUCUCAAACUACAGCACGCGAAUCGUCUGCAGCAACGAGGUCGGCUCCUCCCCUUUCACUGACUGGGUCGACUUCGAAACACUGGAGUCGGUACCGGGGGCCGCGCCCCUCAAUUUCAGUCUGGAGGUGAUGGGGGGCUCUCUGCUGCUGAGCUGGGGGGCUCCCUCUCAGAGGGAGCUGAACGGGGUGCUGCAGGAGUACAGGGUGGAGUGGGGUCAGCCUGGAGAGGAGAAGCAGGACGUCCUGCUCCUCACACAGACCCGUGUGAACCUCUCUCUCGCGGGAGGGCAGUUCUACAAUGCCUCGUUCCGUGUGAGCGCGUGCAACUCAGCGGGCUGCGGGCCCUGGAGCCAGACGCUGCUGGUGGGACCCCAGGAGGGUGUUUCUGUUGCAGUGACGCGCAGUCGCCUGUGGGUGCUGCUGUUCCUCGCAGUGUUGCUGGCUGCGGUGGUGCUGGGGGGGCUGGCCCUGCUGCUGCUCCUGCGCAGGAAGAAAGAGACGCAGUUCGGCGCAGUGUUUGAGCCGGUGCUCCCGGGUGCAGAGCCUGCAGUGUCCUACAGGGCGGCGCGCUCCUUUAACAGGCAGGGGCCUGAGCCCAGCGACUCCACAUUGGACUGCCUGGGUAUCAGCGAUGAGCUGAAGGAGAAGCUGCAGGACGUGCUGAUCCAGGAGAGAUGGCUCUCGCUGGGGCGCCUGCUGGGCAAAGGCGAGUUUGGCUCGGUCCGCGAGGCCGAUCUGAAGAGAGAGGACGGCUCUGUGAAGAGAGUCGCUGUCAAGGUGCUCCAGUCGGAUGUGAACUCCUCCGGUGAUAUUGAGCAGUGUCUGAGGGAAGCAGCCCACAUGAAGGACUUCGAUCACCCCAACGUCAUCAAGCUCAUCGGAGUGAGUCUGCAGAGCCGUACCCCCCAGCGCCUGCCCGUUCCCAUGGUGAUCCUGCCCUUCAUGAAGCAUGGAGACCUGCACCACUACCUGCUGAUGUCACGCCUGGGCGCCGCCCCCUUCACCCUCUCUCUGCCCACGCUGGUUCAGUUCAUGCUGGAUAUCGCUCGAGGGAUGGACUACCUGAGCCACAAGAACUUCAUUCACCGCGACCUCGCCGCGCGCAACUGCAUGCUGGGGGAGGAUAUGAGCGUCUGCGUGGCGGACUUCGGCCUGUCCAAGAGAAUCUACAGCGGAGACUACUACCGGCAGGGCUCUGCCUCCAAACUCCCCGUCAAGUGGAUCGGUCUGGAGAGCCUGGCUGACAACGUGUAUACGACACAGAGCGACGUGUGGUCGUUUGGUGUGACGAUGUGGGAGAUUGUGACGCUGGGACAGACCCCCUACCCCGGCGUGGAGAACUGUGAGAUCUACGAGUACCUGCUGAAGGGAAGCAGGCUCAAACAGCCCCCCGGCUGCCUGGACGAGGUCUUUGAGAUCAUGCACAGCUGCUGGAACGCCAACCCCAAGGGCCGGCCCAGCUUCCAGAGCCUGACUGGCCAGCUGGAGGAGGUGUGGGCAGGGCUAGAUUCCAAGGAGCUGCUGUAUGUGAACCUGGGGGAGGGGCGAGGGGAGGAGUCAUGUGGGGGACAAGGGGCUGGGGGCAGGGCUGAAGGUGGCGGUGUCCCAUGGCAGUAUGAGAAGGGGGAGGGAGGGGGAGCCGAGGGGCAGGGGGUGAGCUGUCUCAGGGACUCAUUGGGGGCAGCUGCUGCCACUGGGGGGGACUACCGCUACAUCAUGGACCCCCGCGGCUCACUUGAGGACGAUGGCCAAUCAGGAGCCAGCAGGGCCUGCCCACUGUUACAGGAAGCUGCAGAAAAGGGAGGGGAGGAAGAGGAGGAUGAAGACACCGUCAUCAACAUGUGACCCAAGGAGACUGCCUUCCCUUCCAGACAUCUCUCUUCUCCGGUCGCUGGACCGCGCCUUGCAGGGAAACAAGACGUUUUGGCAGUACCACUGGUACUAGCCCAUCCAUGGGGAAAUACACUGAUGCAGUAUAAGUAUUGCUCUUAGAGGUGCUGUCUGUGAAGGCUCUCUAUUUCAACAACAGCCUAUCUGAAUUUGUAUUGCGGUAUUGUGUUCUCCUAGCACCCAAUUUCAGCACUCUACCUCAGCUUGAUGAGCCACAGCACGCGUGGCUGUGCCCCAAGCCACUGCCAUGCCAGUCCUGAACUGCAGAGGAUACAUUUAUACCACAAGCACAGGGAUAUCAGCACGGGGGGCAUGUCUGUUAUUCAGCAUGCUCACAGGGACUGGUUUGGAAUGUGGCUUUGCUUCCAUUCCAAUCCAUUGCUGUGCUUCUGAAGUUCAGGACGGAGCUUCCCUAUUCAAACAAUACUGCCACCCAGACAUGAUUCAGAACAACCUUAAACUGUCUGAAAUCAUUUUAGAUUUCUAUUGUUGUUUGGAGAACAAGUUUAGUCAAGACAGUUACCGAUCUUAGGAGGAUGUCCUUACACAUUGUCCUUACUGAGGCAUCCUCCUGCAGUGAAUAAAACCUGCACAUCACGGGCGAUCAUUCAGCAUCCUCGAUAUAUAUUUGUAUCUAUAGACACAUUGUUCACGACUGCGCGUCAACACAGUGUUUGGGUUUAAACUUGCAGCACAGAGAUGUCAUUUACUGAACAUGUAUUGCAUGCAAUCACUUUCAAAGCACUGAAGAGAAAGGAAACUUGGUGAAUCUGUUAAAAUAAUACAGUGAGAAUUACACGAACAUUGAA